ACAUGAACCUUUACAGCCUUCAGGUGUCAUUAAUGACCAGAGGGGCUCAGGGAUAAAGCAAGCAGAGCUUCAGGAAGGUUCUCUUUAGUUUAUCUGCUGAAUGAAAGGAGUUUCAUUGAUGGGUUCAGACGGAGAGUUGAGGAUGAUGCUGUGUGUAUUGUGUGUGCAGUUUGGAGGGAUUUUGAUGAAUGUUGCAAGAGAUGCUGAAGCUCAUCGUGACUUUAAUUCUCUGGUAGAAGAGCAUGUGUCUGAGACAGAACCUCUGAAAUCCACCAGAAAUCGUGCUGUUCCUCUCAGAACAGUUUCCGUGACCUGCAGUGCCUCUGCCAUGGAGGUGCAUGUUAAAGCUGAUCUGUUUAACCUCGGCAGUCCUGUUAAUCCUGAACAUCUGACUAUAGGAGAGCACUGUGGAGUGACCAAGGUCUUGUCUGAAGAGUUCAUCAUCCACACUGCUUUAACUGACUGUGACACACACUACUGGCUGACGGCCAAUACCCUCAUUUACACUAACGUCCUUGUGUAUUCUCCUGUUCCAUCUGUCCAUGGUGUGAUUAGGCAGGAGAAGACUACUGUCCCCGUGGAAUGUGUUUACAGAAGGAGGUUUGGUGUUGACAGUGUCUUGGUUGUCCCCACAUGGCUCCCUCACCUGAGUGCGCACUCUGCUGAACACUCCUUACACUUCACUCUGCAUCUGAUGACCACUGAUUGGCAGGCAGUGCGAGGGGGUGUGUACUACCUGGGGGACCUGAUCAACAUGGAGGUGUCUGUGUUUGCACCUGCGCUGGAGCUGCAAGUGUUUGUUCAAGAUUGUGUUGCUACGGCAACCAGUUAUGUGAAUUCAGUCCCCAGAUACAAGUUUAUACAAAACGGCUGUUUUAUAGACGGACAGCAGACGAGCUCCAAGUCUCACUUUCUUCCCAGAACUCGGUCUGAUAAACUACAUCUUCAGCUCCACAGCUUUAUCUUCAGGCAGGUGUACAGUACUCAGAUCUUUAUUAGCUGCAGCCUGAAGGCUAAUCUCCAGAGUUCCUCUUCCAGCAGAGCAUGUUCCUACAUCCAGGGAAGUUGGAGGUCAGCAGAUGGAGAUCACUCAGUGUGUGAAAGUUGUCACAUGUCUGAUAUCCUUAGACAGCAGCAAAACAAUGUUGAGCGACGACACACACAGGAUGGUUCUGUGCAAAUGAAAUCUGAAGAACCAGUGCAUAGAACCUCUGGAUCCAUGUGGAAGACCUCGAAAGAUGCUGCAACACACGACUCCUCCGUAUUGCAGCAGGAGGUGCGUGUUGGCCCUCUGUCUCUCUCACCCUGGAGCAGUGAGAUGUCACCCCCUACAGUGUUGGAGGAACAUGUCACUGGUGUUCUGAAGCUGUCUCGCACACUACAGGCAAAUACCUCCAAAGCAGGUUUGGAGAAUGAGCUCUUUGAGGAGAAAGCUGUGAGCAGCGUGAACACAGAGAAAGAGUUCUUGGUCGCACCCACUCCUGAGCUCCACCUCAUUAUGACUCCACUGAUGUUUACUACACCAGAAUCCUUCAACACCAUGUUCCAAACAAAUUCAACAGCAGCAGAGAUGUGAUUUCUUUUUGUUCCUGAUGCUAAUGAGAUUCCUGAAGGGGCGGAGUCAUGGAGCACAGUGGGUGUGGCUGAUGUAGGCGGUGUUUGGACAACUCUCCACACCAUGCGAGUUUAGACACAACAGCACUGUGAUGUAACAUACUUUAAAAAUUAAACCUUUCAGACUGAA